UAAAAAAUUAUUAGUCUCAAAAUUGAGAAAAUGAUAAAAUAACAUUUAUGAUAGAAUCGUUAUAUUGAUGCUUGUAGUUUAUAUUAUUAUUAGGAGAGAGUUAGAUUAUUUGUAUUAUAGCAAAUUUUAUAUAAAUGAUGCAUUAUACUAGUAUACUUUCACUAUUCUAUGAAGUAGAGCAUGAGAUAUCUCAGUCAAAAAAAGUUAUAAGAGUUACAAGUUAUAAGAGUUACAAUUUUAUCUCAGUGAGCAUUCAACGUUUGUUCAGCAAACAUCAACAGAUCUUAUCUUGUAUUACAAUUUCAAGCUAAAUUGUUAAAUAUAAUAAUGCAUACAAAAUAUAAUUUCAAUUUAUUUCUGACACAAACAAUACUAAUACUGCUUGUCAUAAAUUUUAUCAUGGCCAAUUUAUUGGAAAAACUUACAGAAAAAACUUUAACAGAUUCACAAAUUACAAAUAAAGAAGAAAUUCCAAAGCAGGAAAUAGUGGAUGUUUCAAUAGGACAAUACUUUCAAGAUAUAUUUUCUGAACAUCUUGCACCUCUUAAAAUUGAAUUUGGACAUGUCUGUGAAAAUCCUAAUGAAUGGGAACAAAGAUUUGAACAAAAGGAUUUUGAUAACAAUCGUCAUAGCGGCAAGAUAAAAUGGGGUAACAAGAAUGGAGAUUACGGCGAGCAGUAUUGGGACUUAAAUCAUUAAUCGUGGAUCGUGGAAUUGUUUACAAAUAAACUGAUAUAAUCUUUAUUUAAUAAUUCUUUAUUCAAAAUUAUUCUUAUAUAUAGUUUAAUAAUGUAAUUGUUAUAAAAUAAAAAGAUUUUAAUAGCAG